AUGCCAUUGCCUGAUGGAGAACAAUCUAGUGAGCUUCUUCGUGCUCAAUCUCACGUUUGGAACCAUAUGUUCAAUUUUAUAAAUUCCAUGUCUCUCAAAUGUGCAAUUCAAUUAGGCAUACCAGAUAUUAUCCUUAAACAUGGCAAACCAAUGACACUACUCGAAUUAGUCGAUACCCUCCCUAUCAAUAAAGCGAAAGCGCAUGGUGUGUACCGUCUAAUGCGAAUUCUGAUCCAUUCAGGGUUCUUCAUCGAAGAAAAAAUUUCUGAGAAUGAAGAAAAGAAGGGAUAUUGGCUAACAUCAGCUUCUCGUCUCCUCCUAAAAGAGGAGACAUUUAGCUUGGUCCCACUUCUUCUAGUUGUGUCUGAUCCGAUUUUGACAGAGCCAUGGCACUACAUAGCUGAAUGGUUCAAAGAUGACCAUCCCACGCCAUUUAGUACACUACAUGGGAGGAGCUUCUGGGGCUAUGCAGGCCAUGAUCCGAAGCUGAACCACUUAUUCAACAAUGCCAUGGCUAAUGAUUCACGGUUGAUUACAAGUGUGGUUAUUAGAGAUUGUAAACAUGUAUUUGAGGGUUUGAAUUCCAUGGUAGACGUAGCAGGUGGCACCGGGACGAUGACCAAGGCCGUUGCUGAAAUGUUUCCAAACUUGAAAUGCACUGUGACGUUGGAGGAGACAUGUUUGAGUCUAUUCCUCAAGCAGAUGCAAUCUUACUCAAGUGGAUAUUACACGACUGGAGCGACAAAGAGUGUAUAA